AUGGACAAUGGAAUGUUCCCUACUUUUAUCAUGAUCAAAAACUUCUUCCUUCUCUGCAUUUCCAUAAAUUUAGCCAGUCACUUUGGCUUCUCACUAAUGCCAACAGCUUCAGGGAAAGAUGACACCAACGAUAAUAUUACCAUAUUCACCAGGAUCUUGGAUGGCCUACUGGAUGGCUAUGAUAAUAGAUUGCGCCCAGGACUGGGAGAGAGAAUAACUCAGGUGAAAACAGACAUCUACGUUACCAGUUUUGGUCCAGUGUCAGACACAGAAAUGGAAUACACGAUUGAUGUUUUUUUCCGACAAAGCUGGAAAGAUGAAAGACUUCGAUUCAAAGGACCGAUGCAACGCCUCCCUCUUAACAAUCUGCUUGCCAGCAAGAUCUGGACCCCAGACACUUUCUUCCAUAAUGGUAAAAAAUCUAUAGCUCACAACAUGACAACACCGAACAAACUUCUACGCCUUGAAGAUGAUGGCACUCUACUCUAUACCAUGAGAUUGACCAUUUCUGCUGAAUGCCCCAUGCAGCUCGAAGACUUCCCCAUGGAUGCACAUGCUUGCCCGCUAAAAUUUGGAAGCUAUGCUUACCCCAAUUCUGAAGUGGUCUACGUCUGGACUAAUAGCACCGCUACAUCUGUGGUGGUUGCAGAAGAUGGUUCACGACUUAACCAGUAUCAUCUGAUGGGACAGACUGUAGGAACUGAAAACAUCAGUACCAGUACAGGUGAAUACACUAUUAUGACAGCACAUUUUCACCUGAAAAGAAAGAUUGGUUAUUUUGUCAUCCAGACGUACCUUCCAUGUGUUAUGACCGUGAUCUUAUCACAAGUGUCCUUUUGGCUAAAUAGAGAGUCUGUUCCUGCUAGAACUGUCUUCGGAGUAACUACAGUCCUUACCAUGACCACCUUAAGUAUCAGUGCCCGCAACUCCUUGCCAAAAGUGGCCUAUGCGACUGCAAUGGACUGGUUUAUAGCUGUGUGUUACGCCUUUGUAUUUUCUGCGUUGAUUGAAUUUGCAACAGUCAACUAUUUUACAAAGAGAAGCUGGGCAUGGGAUGGCAAAAAAGCUUUGGAAGCUGCAAAAAUCAAGAGAAAAGAGCGACAAUUACUAGGAAACAAAUCAAUUAAUGCUUACAGUGCUGGAAGGACAGCCCCCACACCAAACGUACCAAAGGACUCAGCCCCAUCAGUCAUCUCAAGCGCUGCAACUGUUGCAGUGAAAUCUGCAGAAGAAAAGCCUGCUGAAAGCAAAAAGACUUAUAACAGCAUCAGUAAGAUUGACAAAAUAUCCCGAAUAGUUUUUCCAGUAUUGUUUGGAACUUUUAAUUUAGUCUAUUGGGCCACAUAUUUGAAUAGGGAACCUGUUAUUAAAGAUGCUACUUCUCCAAAAUAA